CAACUGGGCCGGCCCGCCUCGACCCACGCCAGGUUCUUCCCCAACUCGACGCGAAUCCGGCCGGCUCCUGGUUCCUGGAGCAGAGGAGCGGCGCAGCGAAAAUGGCCGAGCCUCCCGCCGCCGCCUGCCCCACCGAGCUGGAGCUCGCGCGGGCGCAGUGCCGCUCUCUGCACGAUCGCCUCGCCGCGUCGCCGUCCCUGCCGCGCCACCCCGCUCUGCGCUCCCUCCUCCGCCUCGUCGCCGCCGAGCUGCGCUUCCUUGCCUCGAGUAGCCACCCCGACCCCGCCAGGCCGCUCUCCUCCAACCUGCCCCACCUCGGGGCGCUCCACCUCCUCCUCACCCACCCCGCCGUGCGCUCGCCCUCCCGCCUCUCGCCCCUCCCGGGCGUGGACUUCGCCUGCGCCUUCCGCUCCCGCCCCGCGUGGGUGCUCCUCUCCGCGCGCAACCCUUCAGGCUUCCAGUGGGUACCCCGCAAGGGCAUCAGCUCCCGCGUCGCCGCCGUGCUGGAUGCCGCGCGCUCCGCUCCGCCGGCAACCCACCCCGAGAAGCUGCUACUCGCCUUCGCCCGUGGCGUCAGCGCGGACAUCGUGUUGGGGCUCGCCGAUGAGUUCGGGGCCGUGGAGGUCGACUUGCUAGCGGAAUUCGUUGGCGAGUCCGAGGACGUCGAGGAGGAGGAUGGCUGGGUUAGCGUCAGCUUCCACCCCAAUGAGGAGAUGAGGAGCUUCAGGGCGUUCGAGAUUGAAGUGCUGGAUGGCGGUGGUGAAGUGUUGUUACCGCCACCGUGCCGCGGCGUGGAGGAGGUGGAGGAGGGGAGCGGUGACCAAUUGGGGGGUUGGUUUGCUGACUUCAUGGGGAAGAUGAGGAUGAACUCCAUGGAGAUGGUGAAUCUAGACACAACUGCUCUUAUUGCGAUAGUAUCAGGUAUCAGCAAUGGAGGGGUGGGGAAGCUGAUGGGUGCACCAGAGGCGGAGAGCAGGGCCAGGUUCAAGUGCAACUACAAGUUCGUCAUGGAUCAGGCGCAAUCCGAGCUCCAGUCUCCAAUAUUUGUUGAACUGGGGAAAGCGGUGGACGGAAAGAAGUGUAUCAUAUGUGAAGCGGUUAACUCAGAGUUCAACGAAAUUGUUUCAAUGUGUGGCGGGCCAGAGGAGAAAACCAGAGCAAGUCAAUUACUGAAACAACUUACAAUUGUCCCAGACAGUCCUUCAGCACGUAUGAUGGAUCUUCCAACAACAAGGAAACUUGCCAUGAAAAACAAAGUUGUUUUUGGUACAGGUGACCACUGGCGUGCUCCCACUUUGACUGCUAACAUGGGGUUCGUAAGAGCUGUUUCACAGUCUGGUAUGCCCUUGAUGACCAUCGAGCACAGACCUCGUGCCCUGAUCGGCUUGUGAAGGCAGAUAACCCCAUAGUCUAAGUAUUCCAAACUGAAUGUAAGAGUCCUGAAGUUGUAACCAGCAAGUGUGUUGUAGUCUUAGUUCAGUCGAUCCCAUAUUUUUGAAACGGCAGAUAAUAAGACAUAAUGGAUAUCUCAUCUCUGUACAUAAGAUUGUACUACUAGUAGUACGUAAAAUCGAUAGGCUCAAACAGUGAUGUGUGUAUAUUACUUUAGUUUGCUGGUUCGUCAAAAUAAACAAUCUUGACGCUA